CUACGCGUAUAAAUCGGUGACGUCACUUCCCGGGUUUGCGAGGGAGACGUGAAAUGACUAAAUAGCGUUGUUUUUCCUGACUAAUAAAAUGUUUAAACAGCUUUCUUUGUUCGAUAAAUGGAUCCAGGAAAACAACGAUUUGGUAAACCAGUGGACGGAGCAAGAAAGAAGAAAGGAUGCUUCAAGCCAAGCACAAUGUCAGAACAAACUGAGAUGGUUUUUGUCUGAGUUUCAAAAACUUUCCAGCAAAAUCCAAGGUGUCCCUGCACAUGCUGAUCACACCCACUUGGAUUUGACAGUGGUGUACAAUGUCUGUGUGUACGCCGUUGCACUGUCACAGUUUUCUGAAGCUGAGGUGCUGCUCGUACAAACCACAGAGAGAGCUCUGCAGAUGUCAGGUUGUGACCCUGCACCUCCCGACCCACCUGUGUUUUGGCGAACAGUUGUAAAAGCACUGGAGAACUCGGCUUUUCGUUUGUGUAUACUGCACCUUUUUUCUCUGCAGUGGGCGAUCUUAUUGGCUACCUGCAGGUUCAAUACCAUAAAAGAGCUUCAGGUUGAGCUAUCCUCUCUGUGUGAGAUACUGUGUGCUGAAGUUUGCAAUAACGGGAGGAGCGAAGCAACUGGAAAGUCCCCUGAUAUUCCACAAAUGGUGAUGGACCCAAGAGGACUUACUGAAUUAUUGAAGAUCUGCACUUUUAUCGCACAAGGUGCUGAAAACUUGAGUGAGGGUCGUACUGCAGGAGUGCUUUCAGAUCUGCACAGAGCUUCGUCAUUGCCAGCUCCCCGAGUUUUAGUAGCAUACACACACCUCCUCUCAGGCCUUUGCCUCGCCCAGAUGAGCCGCCCACAGAUGGCAUUGCAGUGUUACAGGAAGGCACUGGAGACAGACUCGCGCUGUUUGUGUGCUCUCUAUCAGAGCAUGCUCAGCUACAGACAUCAGGGAAACACACAGGCUGAGAUACAAGCUCUCCAUUUGCUGCAUUCAAUGUUGUUGUUACCGCCUGCUCCUAAGCCUGCUCAGACUGGAAACCACCUCCUCUCCUCGUCAUUACUUCUCCGCAGCUCAUCCUUGAGCGGCCUGCUCUCAGUCCCAUCAGCCCACUCUGUACUCCACACUUUGGCCUUGAAGUGUGUGCUCCAUGGGAGAGUGUCGGAGGGUGUGGAACAUUAUCUCGACUUGCUGGCUGCUCUCCACUCUGAAGAGCAGCACAAAGUAGAGGCUGGUUCCAAUCCCCUCCCUAGGCUUCCCGAGCUUUACCUGCAGGCUGGUGCUGCCUUGCUCAUGGCUCGGCGGCCUGCUGACUGCAUGGCACUGUGUGAUGAGGUCAUCAGUGUGACACUGGAGCUGCUGCCACAGACAUUGGUGUUGGAGGAGCCAGAUGACAGUCCUGAGGGUGAGACCGGGACUGUGUGUAUCAAGGGACUCAGCUCAGGUGGAGAGAAAAUGUGGACGCUGUUCUGGGCUGCAGCUGCCUACCUGCUUCAGGGCCACUGCUACACCCACCUAAAAGACUGGAAACAAGCUGUGACGCAUUACACACGUUGUAUCAACCUGUUGGUGAAGGUGCGCUGUAAAAAGAAAGGUUCCCAACCACAGAUUCCGAGCGCAGACAUGAUUGAUAAGCAGGGGACAGAUGUGUAUAUUCUCCAGAGGUUAAAGGUGCUUUCGCUGUCUGGUCGAGGCAUCAGCUUUGCUCAGACAGACCAGCUCAAAGAGGCACUGAGGGAUCUGCAUCUCAGCCUGCAGGCAUUCCCAGAAUGUGUGGGAGCAGGGUUGUGGUGUGGAGACGUUUUAUGGAGGCUUGGCAGGCGACAGGAAGCAACAGCCUGUUGGGAAAAGACCUGGAGCCUCACUGUACAACCCUCAGUCGAGAGUCUUCCUUUGUACCUGCAUGAACCCCAGUCUGGCCCGUUGUUGGACUCCACAGAGCUCCGGUGCAGAAUGCAGGAUCCUGCGCCUACAUAAUCAGCCUGGAGAGGGAUGGCAGUGGAAUGCCCUGUCAGUUGCUAAAGAGGAUCUAAUUUCAGAGCUCUGAACUGAAACUCAUGACAAUACACAUGCAUCCAUUGGCACAGAAAAUUAACCCAGUGUGAGUGGUGUACUUGACACAGGAAUAAAACAAUGAGCCGUUACUGGAUGGAACGGUAGAUUCCAGAUCAUUGUUGGCUUAAAUUGGUUUAUCUCUCUAUCAGAUUUUGUGUGUGUGUGUUGGGGGGGGUCUACAAAGACAACAUAUCUUUUCAAUACAGUAUUAACAGGGUCUAAAGGGCAAAGUUAUGUGGUAGAUCCAGUAGGGUAGUGCAGAAGUAGACAAUUUUUUUGACCAAUGUUUUGCUAAAUGGAAUGCAGUAUAUACUUUGAAACCCAAGACGAUGCCUUAAAAUAUCUUGUUUUAUCCACAGCCCAAAUAUACUUAGUUUGCUGCCAGAUAGGUUCUUGAUUAAAGAUCACUGAAUUUUCAUUAGUUCAUCUUAAUUAUAUGCCAUAUUAAUUUGGAGAUGUACAGUAUUGAUCAUUUACGCAAUAUCUCUAAAAUCAG